AGUACGAGGGGGGGCGGGGCGAGCGGGCGCAUGCGCAGUAGCGCGUUUUUGGCACUUAGACUGGUUGCGCGGCGUCGCGACGCGCACACGGAACAUAGUCGUUCGUCGGACGCGGAACGGGACGGGCGCGUUGCGGACGGCUUAGGGUAAAGUGUGCCGUCUCUCCAUCUUUCUCUCUCUCUCUCCUAUCUCUCUCCUCUCUCCCUACUUCCCAUCUUUCUCACGGUCUCGGCGAAUUCGCGAACACACUCGUCGGGAGGCUCACUGUGCGUGCGUAAGCGUACGUCGCGUCCCAGCCAUCCGCUCUCGGAGCUACUUGUGUCUCACUUGGUCGACGGCGCAGCUGAACCACGGCAGUCCUCGCGCCGCAAGUCCAUCGCUGGCCGCGCUGUGUACAGGUCUCUUGCGUCCGGGGAAAUGGAGCUCGAGCAGGCGACGCCGCAAAUGAACGCGGACCUGGAGAAGAAGACCAAGGAGAGCGGCGGCGGCGGCGACGGCGUCUCCGGGAAUCAUAGCGACCAUAUCAAUGGCAUGUCCAAUGGUUUCGACAAGAAAAGGGAACACAAAUCAGAACACAGAGACAAGGACAGAGAGCGAUCUCACAAAUCGGAUCACAAAGACAAAGAUCGGAGUAAAGACAAGGAGAGAAAUCAUAAAAGCGAACACAGGGAUAAGGACAAGGACAAACACAGACAUAGCUCCAGUUCUGUUAAGGACAAGGAGAAGCAUGAUGGUAGCAAUAGUAAAGACAAGGAUAGAAAGAGUUCGUCGUCUAAUAAAGACAAGGAGCAUAAGAGUAGCAGUUCAUCCAGCAAGGAUAAGGAAAAGGAUAAAACCAGGGACAAGGAACAUCAUCACAAAUCGAGCUCGAGCUCCAAAGAUAAAGACAGGCAUCACAGCAGUUCUAAGGACAAGGACAGCUCGAGCAAAGAUAAAGACAAGGACUCGAAGAGCAAGGAUAAAGAUAGGCAUAGACACAGUAGUUCCUUGAACUCUAGCUCGCGCGAUAAAGAUAAGGACCGCAGUAUCUCGAAGGACAAGGAUAGCAAGAAGCACUCGUCGGAAAAGGACAAGGACAGACAUUCCACUUCUCACUCUUCGAGUGAGAAGCAUCGUUCUUCAGAAAAAGAUAAGGACAAGCACCGAGAAAGUUCAUCCAGCAAAGAUAAGCAUCGUCAUGAUAAAGACAAAGAUCGCCAUCGCCAUGAUAAGGACAAAUCCAAGCAUCGCGAGGAAAAGGAGAAGAAGGAUAAGGAGGAGAUUAAAGUAAAGGAAGAACCGAACGUGAAGAUGAAUCACUCAAGUGAAGGAUAUUACAACAUAGAAAUCAAGCCUGAGAUAAAGGAGGAACCCAUGACGCAAGAAUUUGAUGAUGAUGACGACAGCGGUGGUGAGCGACCGCUUUAUAUCAAGGAGGACGAUGAUGAAGAACCGAUUAAGGAGAAUGCUAGUAUGGAUUCGACGGAUGGAAAUGACACCAGGCUGUCGGAUCUCCACAAUACGACCAUAAAGACGGAAAAUGACUCGGAAGAAGAGGUUAAACCAUUGUCUUCGAGAUCUAAGGUAUCACCAAAUGUGAAGAGAAAAAUCGAGUCGGACGAAGAUGAAGACGUUCCACUAUCAGCGCGCAAAAAAGCCAAGAAAGCUACUAAUCAGAAGACCAAGAAGAAGAAACGAAAACAUGCGGAUGAUGAUGAUGAUUACGAUGCCGAGCCUGAAGAUACACCGAAACCAAAGAAGAGGAACACAAAGGUGAAAACAGAAGGCGAAGGAAGCCCGAGGAAGAAGAAGCAAGAGGAGGAGCAGCAGGAAGUUUGGAAAUGGUGGGAGGAAGAGAAGAAAAGCGAUGGGACGAAAUGGUAUUUUUUGGAACACAAAGGACCAGUAUUUGCGCCACCCUAUGAACCCUUACCUCCUUCCAUAAAGUUUUACUAUAAUGGCAAAGAGAUGAAGCUGAGUGAGGAGACAGAGGAGGUUGCAACCUUUUAUGCGCGGAUGCUCGAUCAUGACUACACAACCAAGUCUGCUUUCAACAACAACUUUUUCCAUGACUGGCGAGAGGUGAUGACUGAGUCGGAGCGUGCCAAAAUCACUGAUCUGUUCAAAUGCAAUUUCAAGGAGAUGCACGCGUACUUCGUGCAAAAGAGUGAAGAGCGCAAAGCCAUGACUAAGGAGGAGAAGUUGAAGAUCAAAGAGAAAAAUGAGGAGAUACAGAAAGAAUAUGGUUUCUGCAGUAUUGACGGCCAUAAGGAAAAGAUCGGUAACUUCAAGAUUGAGCCACCCGGAUUGUUUAGAGGUCGCGGCGAACAUCCCAAGAUGGGCAAGUUGAAGAAGCGAGUGCUGCCGGAGGAUGUGCUCAUCAACUGUUCGAAGGAUUCGAAUAUACCGAAACCCCCGGCCGGUCACAAGUGGAAGGAGGUGCGACAUGAUUCGAAUGUAACAUGGCUGGCUUCCUGGACGGAGAACAUUCAGGGCCAGGUGAAGUAUGUGAUGCUGAAUCCAUCCAGCAAGCUCAAGGGCGAGAAAGAUUGGCAGAAGUACGAGACGGCGCGGAAGCUGGCGAAGUCGAUUGACAAAAUUCGCGCGGAGUAUCGAGACGACUGGAAAAGUAAGGAAAUGCGUAUCAGACAACGAGCUGUCGCUCUGUAUUUCAUUGACAGACUGGCGCUCAGAGCCGGUAAUGAGAAGGAUGAGGAUCAGGCGGACACUGUAGGCUGUUGCUCAUUACGAGUGGAGCAUAUCAAGCUGCAUGAAGUGAGGGACGGCAAGGAAUAUGUCGUCGUGUUUGAUUUCUUAGGUAAAGAUUCCAUUCGAUAUUACAACGAGGUGCCAGUAGAGAAGCGCGUUUUUAAGAAUCUGCAGCUCUUCAUGGAAAAUAAAUCGCCUGGAGACGAUUUGUUUGAUCGUCUCAAUACUACCGUGAUGAAUAAACAUCUGAACGAGCUGAUGGAAGGUCUAACCGCUAAAGUAUUCAGAACUUACAACGCAUCGUGGACGCUGCAGCAGCAGCUUGAUAAGCUAACUGAUCCGAACGAGACAGAGGCAGAGAAGAUUCUCUCAUACAAUCGAGCCAAUCGCGCCGUUGCCAUAUUGUGUAACCAUCAGCGUUCAGUUCCGAAAACACACGCAAAAUCCAUGGAGAAUCUAAAGGUGAAGAUUGACACGAAGAAAGCAGUGAUAGCCGAGUGUGAGCAGCAAGUAAAGGACGCUAAACGAGAUGCGAAACACGGCUCAGUAAAGGAAAAAGUAACAUAUGAAAAAAAGAAGAAACAACUAGAGAGAUUGAAGGAUCAAUUGACCAAGCUGGAAGUUCAGGCAACUGACCGAGAAGAGAAUAAAGAGAUUGCGCUGAGUACCUCCAAAUUGAAUUAUCUUGAUCCUAGAAUUUCUGUUGCAUGGUGCAAAAAGCAUAACGUCCCAAUCGAGAAGAUCUAUAACAAGACUCAGAGGGAUAAGUUCCGAUGGGCAAUAGACAUGGCCGGUCCGGACUAUGUGUUUUAACCCCGCGGAUCGUCAUCGUCAUUAUCAUCGUCGUCAAGGCCAAUGCAUACCGGUCCAUGAGAGGAGUGCAUCUCCUGCUGACGAUGUAUCUAGUGAAUUUUACGUUCUAACGAGCAGCCAGGAGACUUAAAGUAAGACAAAGAGAAUGAAAAAAAAAGAAGAAAAAAAGAACAGUGUAAACAGUAUGGAAAAUUUUUUACACUUACGCGAUAGAAAUGUGAGAGUGUGGGAACAUAUUUUCUAUAGGAUGAUGUGCAUCGCGUGCGUAUUAAACAAUGCGAUUGAUAUAUUUAAAGUGAUUAACUGAAUGCAGUACGCGGAUUCGACAAGCUUGUCUUAGACCGAUCGUACGCGUUUUGCCAUGGGUAAAAUGCUUUCUAUUUACAUCGCUAGCUUGUUCGUCUACGUGCUGAUUUGUACAAGGCACUCAGAAGUGAUAAUUUAUAGGGAUGAUAAUUGAAAGGAUGGUUGCCGCACGAAUUGCAGGUUAUCUUCUGUGCGAGGGAGAAACAUUUUUAUUUCGUUUAGGUAGAAAUUCAUUCUGACUAUGGCGUAAGAAACUAG